AUGGAUAGCGAUGAGUAUAAAAAAGAAGUUGAAGCAAAUGUAAAGGCAGAAAAACUUUUACAGUUGCAAAACCAAACCGUACAGUAUGAAAACUUAGCACAAGAAAGUAAAAAUAACGACGCAGCCAUGCAAAAGGCAAUGAAAAGCGCAGAAUAUAUAAAAGCUAAUAAUGACUGGUUAGAUGCCCAAGCCAACGCUAAAGCAGCCCAACUUAUAGGGUCAAUAAGGACAAAAAUACAAGCGGAUGAAGACAGUUCAAAUGAAGCUUUAAUGAAUGCUGACUUUAAGAACGCCUUCGAAGCUCUUCAUAGUAAGGUGAAACUAGUGAACGACUUCUCAUCUGGAAAGAAACUGAAGUCUGAAGGUUUCGACAAAGAGUUAAAAGAAGUAGCACAAAAUAUGACGAAAAUAACAGAUGCAGCAACGAGACAGGCAGUUCAAAGUGCCUAUGACGCCGUUAGAGCAACUGUUGUGGAAAGUCAAGAAAAAGAGUUACAACAGACCAAAACAGACCUAGUAAAUGCUUUCUUAAGAACGAAAAGUCAGGUAGGACAUUAUGCUGCAGAUGGAACAUAUGUGCCAGCUGGUGGAACUUAUAUACCACCAAACCCUCCAAGAGAAGCACCUGCACCAGGACUACCUAAAACAUUUACAUCGUCACAUGGACACAGACACAGGCAUGCACCAAAACCAACACAACAACCAACAGUUCAAAAUCCAGCACCACAACAACAACCAAAACCAACAGUUCAAAAUUCAGCACAGCAACCAACAGUUCAAAACCCUGCACAGCAACCAACAGUUCAAAAUCCAGCACCACAACAACAACCAAAACCAACAGUUCAAAAUUCAGCACAGCAACCAACAGUUCAAAACCCUGCACAGCAACCAACAGUUCAAAAUCCAGCACCACAACCAAAACCAGCACAACAACAACCACAAACAGAGCAAGGACAUAAAAGAAGUAGAGAAAAAGGAAACCAAGAAUUCUUAAAAAUGCUUAAGGAAGAUUAUGGUUACCCAGAUACUCUUGACUUUAGUGACAGAUAUAAAGAAGCUAUUAGAAAGUUCAAGGAAGGAAAUACUGACCCGAACCUAUUUAGCUUUAUGGUUCAGCACCAAAUGGGAUAUAAUCUCAAGCCUGGAAAAUACAAGCUCGCUAAGGGAUAUGAUUUAAUAGCAUAUCAUCCAAAUGACAUGGAUGAAUUUACUCCGAGAUAUUUGGUGUCAGAGCUAAAUGAUAAUUCAACUCUCUUCAUGAAACGCGUAAAAAAUAGAGACGGAACGAAAGAAGAAAGGUUUAUGAGUCCGGAUGACUUAGAUAGGGAACUUGUUAAAAACGGUCUCGGAAUAUAUGAAAUGCCAGCAGAUGAGGUACAAGAAACUCAACAGGAAGAAGUUCAGAUACAACCAGACAUGGAAGAAAUAGUUCAGCAACAACAGCUAGAAGAGCCUGAAGGAAACGAACAAGUCCCUCCUUUGGAAACUAACUUCACAGAACUAGAUGAAGAUUUGGAACAGCCGAAAAAUCUUGACCCUCAACAAGUGUAUGCGGAGAAUAUGGAAUCUUUCCAAGAGUCUAAGAAAAAUUCGACUGACAUAGUAGAAGAAUAUCGAAAAAUGUUCGCCGACAUACAAAAGACUCCAACAUCAGAUGAAAAUAUUCAGCAUAGAAUGGAAGUACUGAAAGAAAAUGUACGCAAAUACAAUAAUCCUUUUUACUUACGACCAUAUAACGUUCAAUCUUUGGCUGAACUCGGUGAAAAUA